GCCACCACCACUCGGGCCCUCGACUCCCGGUUCUAGCCCUUCUCUGGUGGCUGGGCCCGGCCCGGCCCUGGCCGCAUGGAGGCUCCGGCCGCUCGGACCGAGAUGCUGGAACUGGCGGACGAGGCUUUCCGGGCGAUGAACUAUGAGCUGGCGGCUGAUAUUUACGAGUGCCAGCUGCUGGAACUAGGCCCCCAGCGGGCCCUCUACCUGAGCAAGGCCGGCGCUCUGACCCGCUGCGGUCGCUUCACCGAGGCCUUCGAGGCCUACCGCAGCGCCGCGGAGCUGGAGCGGCUCCGACCCGAGGACCUGACCGACCUGCUGGACUGCAUCGCCGCCAACGUCCACCUGAAAGAGGCGCUGCCGCAGGCUGCCGGCCGGCUGCGGCACGGAGGCCCCGGGCAGGAGGAGGAAGCCGCGGCCUCGGAGCCUCUGAGCUGCCGGAUCUGCCUGGAGCUGCUGUUCGAGCCCGUGUCGCUGCCGUGCGGCCACACUUUCUGCCGGAGAUGCGUGGAGGAGGAGACGGUGACGGAGUGUAAAGUGUGUCCGCUGUCGCCGGCCGGGGCCGGGGCCGCUUCCUCCUCCUCCCCGGCCAAGCCCAGAGCACAUCUCGGCCUCACUGUGAUUCUGUGUAACUUGUUGGAAAAGUGGUUCCCGUUGGAGUGCCGCGCCCGGCGGCUGCAGCUGGAGGCCGCCACUCUGGCCGAGCACAGGGAUUACACAGCGGCCCUGGGCCUGUGUGAACAGGCGCUGUCUCUGGUACCCCAUGAUUACUUGAUGAGGUGUUAUCGUGCUGAGCUGUACAUAACUACAGGAAAAUACAAGGAAGCACUUUGUGAUGGAGAUGCAGCGUGCACGCUUAAACCACUAAAGUCAAAGGGGCAUUUUUGGAAAGCUCAAGCUCUGAUUAAAAUGGGCAGAACUGAAGAAGCUUUAAAAGAGUAUAUAUACUGCAUUGCUUUGAGACCAGACUGGAAUUCUGUAAGACUCGAAGCACAAAAGAUCUUGUGUGAUAUGUUUUCACCUGUUUUGGGGAAUAUGUCGGAUACUGUACCAACCAACAAACGACCGCAGUCAUCUUGCCUAAACCCUAAGCCUACUUUUCUCAGAGCCUUUAGUUCUGCAUCAGUUGUCAGAGAUGAUACAGUUACUGCUCCUUCUCCGGUUUUUUCCAAAAUGAACAGUAUUACAGCAGAAGAACUAAAUACUUCAAGUCAAAUACUGACAAAGUCCAAGGCUACACCAAGAGAAACCUCUGUGCUAGUUGAAGCAGUUCCGUCUAGUUUUACUAAUGGCAACCAAAAGAGAAAGCUAUCACAUGAGACAGAGAUCUGUGAGAGUUUCGAAACAACCAGCAAAAUGGCUAAAAAAGAUGAAUUUGUACCCUUGACAUUUGACAAUUUUAAAACGUCAAGAGAGAUUCCCAGUGAACUUAUGGAUCCAUUCGAUUUUGAAUGCUCUCUUUGUCUGAGGUUGUUCUAUGAACCUGUCACCACUUCCUGUGGGCACACUUUUUGUUUGAAGUGUUUGGAGCGCUGUCUGGAUCAUAAUGCCAGCUGUCCUCUCUGUAAGGAAAAUUUAGCCGAGUAUUUGGUAACAAGAUCUUUCAAUAAGACAUUCUUGGUAGAGGAACUCAUUAUUCAAUACCUGCCUGAAGAGUUAAACGACAGGAGGCGACUUCACGAGGAAGAAAUGAAGGAACUAUCUAACCUAACUGAAGAUGUUCCAAUUUUUGUCUGCACCAUGGGCUUCCCAACUAUUCCGUGCCCUCUUCAUGUUUUUGAACCACGUUAUCGACUGAUGAUUCGCAGGUGUAUGGAAACUGGCACCAAGCAAUUUGGAAUGUGUAUUGGAAAUGAGACUAAAGGGUUUGCUGAUUAUGGCUGCAUGCUCGAAAUAAGAGAUGUAAAGUUUUUUCCUGAUGGUCGUUCUGUAGUUGAUACAAUUGGCAAGAGUCGAUUUAAAGUUUUAAGCCAUGGCCAGAGAGAUGGUUAUAAUACUGCCAACAUUGAAUAUCUUGAAGAUAAAAAGGUGGAAGGAGUAGAGUAUCAUGAACUAAUCUGUUUGUCUGACUCUGUGUAUGACCAAGCUUUCACUUGGUUCAGUUCCCUCCAGGACAAUAUGAGAACUCAAAUUCUGAAUCAUUUUGGACCAAUGCCUGGAAAGGAGUCAAUACCUCAGUCGAGUCAAAAUGGUCCUGCGUGGUGCUGGUGGCUGUUAGCUGUACUACCUUUAGAAAGUCGUGCUCAGCUAGCUGUUCUUUCAAUGACCUCACUCAAAGAUCGCCUUAUUGCCAUUCGCCGUGUAUUGGUAUUUGUAACCCGACAACGGCUUCGAUCACUGUGAUUUUUGACUUGAUGGGAUUUAAAGCUGCAUUCCAAAUGUGUAUUUUUAAAAAUUAUAAUGGUAUCAGUAUUAUUAUUUUUGAUUUAAUCCAUAUGUGAAAACCAUAAAGCCCAACUCAGCUAGGUAUAAUAAUUGUUCGAAUUGUGUAAUUAAACUGGGUAGUGAGCCAUUCCUUUUGACACACAUUAAAUCUACAGUCAAGAUGUAUCUGUAAUGGUCUAAGAGACAUGGGUUGGAAGUGUUCUUUCAUCAGAGUUGCAGUUGAAGACAAGAGAGAUUGUUUGGAAAGUAGUUUCUUUAAAUUUUUAGAGUCCUCUGAAAUCAGUCCCUCCUAGUAAAUACAAGUUUGCAUAACACAACUGUCCAAUAGUGAAAAUCUGAGUAGCAGACAUGGAAUAUUUUAAAAAUAAAUCAGUGAAAUUCUGAGUAAAGGCUGUGUAUGUGGAAAUGAAUGAAUGGGACAAUUUUGUAGUGCUUGUAUGAAUUUUGGAGAUUUGCAAUUUGAGUCCUGUCCAAUGUAUUAAUCAGAAUGUAUAGUGUGCUGCACGCUGAUUUGAAUUCCUAUCAUUUUGUUCAAAUAUAAUGCUGUUGGAUUGACUUCACAAAUGUUAUCUAACUACCUGUUCCACUCUCAGGAUUUGGUAAUGCUUGCUUUUUGGAAUGGCAAGAAAUUUCAGUAUUAAUGUUUGGGAUUUAUUUUAUUGCAUCACUGCAAGCUGUGGGGAAACACGCUGCCUCUGAUUUGGGAGAGUUUGAUAUAAAAUUACUGGUGCCUCAAGUUGAAAACUUAUUGUUCAGUAUGGUUUGAAUUUUGCAGUCAUUGGUGGAUUAAGGGCAUUCAUGACUGUUGAACAAAGAUCUCUUUUGAGGCUAGCAAUUUCUAUCAAGCACUUUUUAAGUAUCCUCUUCUUUGUAUAGUUGAUAUUAUUAGUGAUUCUCAAAAUGCAUCAGCAAGUUAUGCUAUUCAAGCAGCCAGAGUUGUUAAAGCAUUCACAGGCAACCAAGAAAUACAAAGCCCUAAAACCUAAUUUAGUGUUUUUCUUUUAAAUGUAUUUGUUAAUGAUUUAGGACAUUCUCAAGGUUGAAGUUGAACUAUCAUGAGCAAACUUCAAAGUUUUAAAUAAAUUUAGAAAUUAAUCAUUUGGGCAUGUAAUAUUUCACACAUUUUAGGUUGAAUCAGUUCAGCAAUUGCUAUGCACAUUGGUUGUUACAUUAAUUAUUACACCACCAUUUAAAAUCCAGUUGCAUCUUAUUCAAAAUGGUUUAAUAGGGUUUCUAAUACAAUGAGAUCAGAAAAGGGAAUGCUUUUGAAAAAUCUCAUCAGAACAAUUGAUUUUGCAGAUUGGUGAGGAAAGGAAUGGGGGUGGGAUAGGUACCAGCAUGAACCAUCUGUUUUUAUUCCCGACAGUUCCAUCAAAUAAAUCCGACAUUGAUUGAUUUGAAGUCAUCUUUGCAAUCUCAAUGCUAUUGGUCAGUGCCUUUUCUCACCAGACCAGCAGAAGGUCUUGAUUUUUCCUCAUUGCCACCGUUUUUUAAUUGCGGUAAAAUUGAUGUCAAGGGUUUUAGUUUUAUUUUCAUCUGGGCUUGCUAUUGUUCAGUACCUGCUGAGUGCAUGAAUAUCAAUUGGUUCUACUCUUGCAUUCUGUCCCAACAAAGUUGUCUAACAAAUCUGUUAAUUGCUUUUCCACUAUCAAGUUUAUCUUUGCUUGAUUGAAUAUAUGAAUAUACCAUUUUAGGGAAUUUGAUCACCCCCACCUUCACUUUAUUGUGUAACCUCAAGACAACCUGUCUUAGAUAUUUUUCUUGUAUUUGUAAUUGUUGUAUUGAUACAUCCCUGGAAUAAGUUCUUUUUUAAAAACCUUUUCAUGUAUCUAUGUUCCUUUUGAGUUUGUUAACAGAAAAAUAAUUGAAAUUUUGAUCUACUUAUGGAUAUAGAAACAAGUGCAAAUAGCUAUUUCAUUUGAAAUUAACAUUUAAUUUCAAAGGACAAGGGCCUGUUUUUUGUAGUGUGUUAUACCUGAGAAGCUAUUUGAUUUAAAAGUGCAAUGUAGUUUCCACAUUCUGUGCCAUUAUUGUAUGCAGAUAUUUGGUUUUGAAUCUCUGUAUCUUUUCACCGUUUUAUAUUUUAAAAUGAUUCUCUAGCUCUUGCCCACUUUUGUUAGCUCUUAUGAGUUAAACUAGAGUGAUUCUUUACACUGCUUAACUGUAGCAAGAAAGAUAUUGCUUGACCUGUUAAUCUCUUUCCAUUUCCUUCUAAACCUCCUGAGUUGUAUUUCUUUGGCACCUACUGGUAAUUUCUGAUGGGGGGUUCCCCCACUUAAUUCCCAUUAAUUUGAAAAUACUUAAUUUAGUAUUUUUAUAUGGUGUAAAACACUGGCGAUCAUCUUGAGACGUUUUAUUCUAAUUUCCAGCAGCCUUUGUCAAACCUGUUCUGAAAGAUGAUGAACAUAUGAUUUUU